AUGCGGUUAACAUUCUCUUCCAUAUGGUGGAGUUUAAGCCUGCUAAUAUUAUUUACGGAGCUUGUCUUAUGCGGAGAAGACUAUUAUGCGAUUUUGGGUGUCAGAAAGGACUCAACAAGUAGAGAGAUUAAGAAAAAAUAUAAACAAUUAUCAAAGAAAUAUCACCCUGACAAGAACCCUGGCGAUAAAGAAGCUGAGGAGAAGUUUGUACAAUUGGCUCAAGCUUAUGAAGUAUUAUCAGAUGAUGAGAAACGUGCAACGUAUGAUCGAUAUGGUGAAGAAGGACUCAAGGGGAACGCCCAAGAGUUUCAUAAUCCAUUUGACAUAUUUGAAAGAUUUUUUGGUGGAGGUCGUCGCUCUCGAACUGAUCCUGAAGAAACAAAAGGACCUAAUAUAAACAUGGACUUGGAAGUCGAAUUAAAAGAAUUGUAUCUCGGGACAGAGAUUAAUGUUGAUAUAUCGAAGCAGACUAUAUGCUCACAUUGCGGUGGAAAUGGUGCCAAAUCGGCUAAUGACAUUGUGGUCUGUUCAUCUUGCAACGGACGUGGGGUCAAGCUAGUUACUCAAAAAAUGGGUGGAGGUGGUAUUCUUCAAAUGCAGACAACAUGUGAAGUGUGUGAAGGAAGAGGGAAAAUCAUAAAAACAAAAUGUCCUCUUUGUAAAGGAAAAAAAGUUCAACGGCAGAACGAACAACUCACAGUCACUGUCGAGAGGGGAAUGCCAGAUGGGGAGGAAAUCGUAUUUGAUAAGGAAGCGGAUGAAGCGCCAGAGACUGUCCCAGGAGACGUAAUAUUUACAUUAAAGAUGGUGCCCAAUCCUGUAUUUACUCGUAAAGGAGAUGAUUUGUAUACUGAGAAAACGAUUACAUUAUUAGAGUCAUUGAUUGGAUUUGAAUCAGAUAUCACACAUCUUGAUGGGAGGAAAGUGCCUGUACGGCGGGAUGCGGUCACUCCCUGUGAUUUCGUGGAGAAAUUAAAAGGAGAAGGGAUGCCCAAAUAUAAGGGUAAUAAUAAGAAGGGUGACCUUUAUAUCCGAUUUUCGGUGGAUUUUCCAAAAGCCGUGAGUGCUCCUGUCAAAGAGGAACUAAAAAAAUAUUUUAAACCAAGCAAAAAUACGAAAGGAAGUGAACAUGUGGAAUUAUAA